AUGUUUGUAUCGAAACGUCAAUGUAAAAAUGAAUACUAUUGGAAUAAUCAAUCAGCUUUAAAUUGGUUUUUCGGUGUAAUUACCUUGGUUAGUACAAACAAUCGAAAGAUUAUAGCGUAAGAUAAAACAAUAAUGACUUGUGCAUUGUAAACAUUUAUAUUUAGGACUUAUAGGACUCGUCAGAAUAGUGUGUACACAAACCACAUGCGUAACUUUCACACCUCUUCAUGUCAAGCAAUCCGAACGAAGAUAUUCUCCAAUGUGCAAGCCACUAUCAUUAUGUCCAAAUCGCUUUUAAAAAGUUAUAGUUCAAAUUGCAUGUCUCUACCCAGUUCUAAUUUCUUAUUGUAAAUUUUCUUCACGUAUUUUUCUUAUUAUUAUUUAUCAAACAGAAUAAAAAUUAUAAUGCACACUUAUUUAAAAUACUUGCUUUUGUUUCCUUUAUCCUGUGUACGAUUAAAUAAUUUUAAAAAAUCGUUAUAUUUUUUACAGUUCCUAUGGUGUAUAGUGCCUAGCUACCCGUUUAAUUGCUCAGACUACACUUUUUGCGAGGCGUGCAUUGAAUGAUUUAAUUGCAAAUGGAAUUUGGCUGUACAAAAAUGCAUAUUAUCUCACGAGUCAACAGUAAUAUACGAAACAAUUGUAUUUUAUUCACACCAUUUGUCCAAAGUUGUUGGUUAUUGAAAACUUCGCUAUUAGCGAAACACCGUAUUCAUAUUAGAUUCGAAUAUCAAACGUCUCUUAUCCUCUGUUAAACUCGUUCUCGAAAAAAAAUUGAUAUUGCAUGUAACUUUACGGGAGAGGAUUUCAGAGCCGUGACUUAUGGUUCCGUAGAGUAUACCAGGACUCCCUGCCUGAUUCCCUUAAUCGAAUGCGGAACCCUGUGCGUGGGUUACACUGCCGACGCCAGCCCAGUGUACGCCAGUUUCGAGACGACAAACGACUCGGCGGUGAUAUACGGCUGGGCGGUGAAGGAAGACCGUCGCCCAAUCGGCUACCGGGUCGAAGACGUGACCGUCCGAUUACCGAAUCAGAAGGAGGUAGCGGAUGUGCCGGACGCGGAAAUAAGUUGUCUCGUUAUUACGGUCUCUCCGCAUCGGGUCGUUGGCAAAUCUGACUCCUUAUCUGGAUCACUGGACGCCGUGCGAACCGUUGAAGUCACUGUUGGCUCUUUCCCAUGCCGUGUCCACAGAAAGCCCGUCCAGCACUCGUCGGGACCGUCUACCGUAUGUCAUGUCGUUAUCGCCAUUUCUACGCUGUCUCUUUUUGCUGGUAUCAUUUUCUUGUGUGUGUUCUGGUUGAAAACGACGAAACGGUAUACCAUAAAAACGGACCCGGUCGUUGAUUACCACCGGCCAUCACAAUGUGUUACGAACCUUACUGAGCCGAAAUCGGACGUAGUAGACAUACGGGACGUGAUUAAAAACAACGAUCUGUAA